GGCGGUCGUUACUGGCCCGAUGUGUCCCAUUCAGGCAUCUAUAACUGAUGCAAAAGACCGAAUCGGUGGCUGGAUGUUUGCGGUAUUGAUAGGGAUGGAAGUGAUGGGCGGCCAAGAUGGCGGGGUAAGGCGGACGAGACGAGUGAGACAACGCCCACUGAGACAGUCCUGAAUAUCAUCUGGAGGCACGAUUUCUGGUUUGUUGCCCACGUGUUGGGUUUCGUGGCCGAGGCGAGCAACAGGUCAGGCUGGUUCGGAGUUCAAUGGACGCCAAUGUCGAAGCGUUUUGCACGGGAUAUGGCUUGAUGGUUGGAUGGGCGAGCUCACAAUCAUCGGAGAUACGGGCAUCUCGUCGGUCAUUUCUUUGACCAAGCCUCCAGUUUGCUCUCGUUGUCUAGGUGAAGAUGGCGAUGACACGUCCGACGGUGCUGAAAGCGGGAGAGGCGCGCAGAGGAUCGACAUAGGCCAUCGCACGGGUGGGAUCCCGUAUCGGGUUCCCGAAUCGGGUUCCCGAGGACUAUCGACAAGCUCCGGCCAGGUGCUAUUGGAUCAAGCAGACGAACGAGCGACAUGGGGCCUGGGCAAUUGGGCGACCAUCAGAGCGGAUGGGACGGAAAGCGAGUUGGGAAUGGCGCUAAGGCUAGCCUGGUGGCAGACGGUCGAAGUCGCUCUCCGUUCGCCUGCCUGUCUCGUCGAUGAGAGCGAAUGGCAUAGGUCGACAGGGAUUGGAGAAAUGGAGAGGAGCAAAAAGGCAAUGGUCGGGGAUGUCUGCAAGCUGGUGGAGGAGCGAGAAAGCAACGUGCUGUCGCACGGCUCAGCAGUAACCUGGGUUCGGAGAAGGCCGAUAAGAAAGCCAAGGAGGUUGCUAAGACUGGGGAGAUGCAUAGGGGCCGAUGAUAUGGGCAUUGGCUCUCGGGCUGAGCUCCGUCCGAAUUUCCAGGCGCGAUAUUAGUGUUCACGAUAGAACGGAAAUUCCGGUGCGUCUUGCUUCCCCAGCGUUCUUCGGAGGCAAGGGCCGAGAUCUGAAAAUGGUCACAA